AACCAAACCGUACCUUUAUUAUAAAAUUAAUAUACUAAAUGUUGGUAUGCAUAGUCAUAAAGAAUAUUAUUCUCUGUUUAUAUCAUGCAUAUGUAAUAGAAAACGUGAAUAUAAUGAUGUAGAUACGUUUUGUCGUUUUGAUAUGAAAGACAUUUUGUAAAUAUAUGUUCAAUCGAUUGGUUUGCAACGGGUUAGCAGAUUUUGAAACAUUUGGUUAUUGAUUUUUUGUUUUCGGUUAGUAAAAUACUAAAUUUAGUAUUGAUCUGGACCAUUAACAAUUUGUAAGCCCAAAACAAUGUUACUGGUGGGUAAGAAAGACGAAAAGGCAAAAAUGUUUCAGAAAAAAAGAAAGAAAGUAAAACGACAGAGUUUCAUGACAGUGGCAUAGGGAUGUAAUUUUUGUGCAACUCUAAGGGAUAAUUACUAUUUGUACUUCUGGCUUAAUAGUUUAGAUAUUAGUAAGAUUUUGCAUAUAAAAUCAUACCUAAUUAAACUUCUUUCCUUCCAUACUACAAAAUAUUCCAAAAACGACUCCUAAAUUUAUGAUUAUUAAAAAACAAAUCAACAAAGAAUAUUGUUUCCUAAUUGUACGCAGUCAGCAUUUAAAGAAGGGAUCAAAUAACUAACGCAAUCACGUAAUUAUCUUUCAAAAAACUUGCCAACCAAGUAAUGCUAUCUCUAAAGAUCAAAUAUUUUCUUUUUCCUAUUAGAUAAAAAAUAAUGAAUGUACAUUAAAUAAUUUUACAAAGAUUUUUCCAUUGAUUCUGCGUUUAAAUAAUAACUACCAAAAUUUAUCAUAUAAUUAUUACGAAUUAACCUAACGGGAUCUCAUUUGCUAUCACAACUAUAUAUAUCUCAUCAUCUAUUCUCCAAAUCAUAUAAAAAAAACACAAAACCGCAACAUGUCUAAGAUGACGACAUUAGAAACAUAUCGCCAGAAGGCGGACGGCACCGAGAAAGAGAUCUAUAGAAGAACGAGAACUAAAAAGUCGUACAAACAAACCUAUUUCUGUUUCUUUUCCCGGAAAAAAAAAAUAUGGGCUUCGAUUAAUGUUUAAAGCCCACUAAUUUUUAAUAAAAAUAAAUUGCCUAUUUCAAUUCAUCAAAAUGGGCUUUGUAAAUAUAAUAAUGCAGAUCAGUACUUUUUGUCAAUGUUUUUUGGUCUAAUUUUCCAUAUCCUUUCAUUUUUGCUGUUAAUAUAUAUUUUUUUUUGAAGAUCAAUCAAAUGUAAUUUUUUAAAAUUAUUUAUCACACACAUUUUAUAGUAUAAUUUAAUAAAACACACUCAAUCUAAACAAAAUACUCCAAUAUUUUACACUUAAUUGUUUAAUUUACCAAGUAAAAGUAAAAAAAAAGUACAAUUGAAAAAAAUACAACUAAUAGUUUAAAAUUCGACACCAAGCAAAAUGAACAAGAUACACUAUAUAUCAGAACUCAAUAACCUAUGAAACAUUAACUACAAGUCUACAUUUAACAAAAAUAUAUAAUUAUGCAAAAUAUACAUCCGUGCGAGCUCACAUGUUAAAACCUAGUUAAUGUUAAAAGGUAAUUUUGUCAAAACAAUAUUGGAAAUGUUCGAGUCAUUUGCAAACCAUAGAAGAUCGAGUUAAAGUAUGUUUUCUUUCUUUUUUUACUACAAUCGUUUAAACGUUAUAAGCAGUAGAAAACGGUGUCCAUUAUCAAACAAAACGCAUGUAACGUUUGUAGGAGAACCAAUAAAACCUUUUUAUCAAUAAACUUAUUAUUGUCGAUGACACUAUACAAUAUUGUACAGUCUCUCUCUCCAAUCUCGUUUAUGUAUAGUAUAAAUAUAUACGAUCUUAUUUUUUGGACAGAACCCACCUAAAGCUCCAAACCCAACAAAAAAAAAAAAAAAGCUGCAGAGAAGCAGACAACAACAAAAAUGCAGCCAGAGAUUUCAGAUCAAAUAUUAUAUUCUUUCCUCACCGGAGGAUCCUGUGCUUCAUCGACCACCACCACCACCACAAGGUCGUCUUUCUACCCUUUUGCCAUGGAAGACACAAGUUCUCAAGACAAAGCUCUUGCUACUACUGUCAGGAAACAUAGAGAAGGUGAGCGAAGGAGAAGAGAAAGAAUCAACUCUAAUCUUAACAAGCUCCGGAACUUACUCUCUUGUAACUCCAAGACCGACAAAGCCACACUACUAGCAAAAGUGGUCCAACGAGUCAACGAACUAAAACAACAAACCCUAGAAAUCUCCAACGAAACCGUACCGUCUGAGACAGACGAAAUCAGUGUACUCAACUUCGAAAACUGUUCCAACGACGACGGUCGGAUAAUCUUCAAGGUAUCGUUCUGCUGCGAGGACAGGCCAGAUCUCAUGCAAGAUCUCGUGGAGACACUCAAGUCUCUUCAGAUGGAAACUCUCUAUGCAUAUAUGACGACAAUUGGUGGUCGGACGAGAAAUGAUUUCGUUGUGAUCGGCAACAAAGAGAAGCACAGUGUCGAGUCGGUGAAGUUACUACAGAACGCAUUUGAAUCGUUGCUCGAACGGUCAAACCAGUCGGUGAUGAUGGGACAUGGUGGUGGGGGAGAAAGGUCCAAAAGACGUCGCCCCCUCGAUCAUAUCAUACGGGUGUGAUUUGAUGAGACUUGAGCACUAUAUUAUAUAGUUUUCUUAUGAUUAAUAUAACGUUUUAACUUUGGUUAGAUAGAUAACUUUUGGAAUGGAUUGAUGCGGAAUGAUUUAUUCUAUUAAUUCAAAAAAGAAAAUUUCACUAUUUGAUAAAAAGGUAAAUCUCCAAAAUAGCACAUUUCUAAGUUUAUAUCACAAAAAUAACACUCCAAAACUAAAAUGA